AUGGUAACUAAAGGCAUCUGCGCUGGACCAGACCAGUUUUCACUUGACCAAGCUUUGAAUUGGAAGAAAAGAGUUGUGGUAUUCAUGGGCCAACCAGCGGAUCCAGAGCUCAGCAAGUUAUGGGGAUGGUGGAAGGUAAAGAAGUGGACGGGCCAUAUAUUAAACCGCCUCUAUACCCGCUUUGGAGAUUUAAAAUUGAAAAACCUAGAGAACAAAGCUUUUGCACAACACUUCCUGAAGAACUACGCGGGAAAAUUUUUGGAAUGUCAUCUCAACUUGUUGAAUGCGCUGCGUAUGGGUGACUAUUUACCUGACAGAGUUUCCAACCUUAUUUUGCAAUACUUGAGCAACAGGUUCUUGAUGGUUCUCCCUAUUCUUCUUCUUUCAAUCUCGAGCUUGAAAUUGAAAACGAAGCAGCAGAUCUGCCUGAACCACCCUGACCUCCGUCCACUUCCUCUAGAUAUCGAAUUUGACUUGCAGGAUUUGUUUGGUGAUUUACGUCCAAACAUGACUCGUUAUUCCACCAUUGAAGAAGCUGAUGCUACUCUGGUUCAGCUGGAGGAACAUGAACGGUCAGGUGAGAAGCACCACACAGAGCAGGAAAAGCCAAGAAGCAUGUCGGGCAGCUCCUCCACGGUCAAUGGUCAGGUUGUUGUUGCAAAUGGUAUGGAAGAAGAAAACGGUGGGACCCAUCAUGAACUGGAAUCUGACAGUGCAUCUCAGGGCAGCACCAUGGAUCCAGAAGAUUGCAGGACAACAUGUUCAUGUUGA